AGUGGGGUGGAGUUUCAUUAGUCACAGGGAAUGCUGUUCCUUCGGUUGGAUCGGGUCACAGAAGCAUUUUCAGUGAGUGUGGAUGGGCCGAGACAAUGUCUUAACAGAAGUACACGCUCUAUCUCUGUGUGUGUGUGUGAGGAGUGGAGCUGAUUCUCCUCCUCCUCUCUCUCUCUCUCUCUCUCUCUCUCUCUCCAAGGAGCGAUGUAUGUACACGAAGAGACGUUGCCAUGAAUAAAAGGCAGUCUUGGCGAUGUUAAGGAAAUUCCAGAACAAAGGGAAAGCUGUGUGAAAUGUGUGCGGGGUCCAUCUCCGGAACCGGUGGGAACGAGGAGUAAAGUUUGUGAAACUCGUGAAGCCGAAUAAUAAUAUCAACUCCUUCCUCGCUGAAGCUCGCGUCGUUUAAUCCCCUUGGCUCUCUGGAAAGUAAACUCCCCAAACCUGGCUGAGUUCAUCUCAAACAAUGGACAACUUUUUCACCGAGGGGACGGCCGUGUGGUUGAGGGAGAAUGGCCAGCAUCUUCCCUGCUUCGUUUCCGCAUGUGUGGGAGGAGUGAUCAACUUCACCACCGCCCAAGGCCAGGUGUACACGUAUAAGGUGAACGCGUUGACCAGGGAGAAGGUUGCGGUGAUGCACACGAGCAGCGUGGAUGGCCUGGAGGACAUGGCGAGCCUGGCGGACCUGCACGAAGGGGCAAUCAUGCAUAACCUGCACAUUCGCUACAAGCAGGACUGCAUAUACACUUUUAUUGGCUCCAUCCUGGUCUCGGUCAAUCCGUACAAGCCCAUUAGUGGACUUUAUGACAAGAAGGCGAUGGAGGAUUACGGCGCGCACCAACUGGGCGAACUCGCACCGCACAUCUUCGCCAUCGCCAACGAAUGUUACCACUGCCUCUGGAAACGCUGCGACAAUCAAUGUGUCCUGAUCAGUGGAGAAAGUGGAGCUGGCAAAACCGAGAGCACAAAACUUCUGCUGAAGUAUUUAUCGGCCAUGAGCCAACAUUCGCUUGAAGCCACGGCUAAAGAAAGGAUCUCCCAAGUUGAGCAAGCUAUUUUGGAAAGCAGCCCAAUCAUGGAAGCAUUCGGCAACGCCAAGACUGUGUACAACAACAACUCCAGCCGGUUCGGGAAAUUCAUCCAGCUGAACUUCUGUCACCAGGGCAACAUUCAGGGAGGCAGAAUCAUAGAUUAUUUAUUAGAAAAGAACCGUGUGGUCAGACAGAACCCUGGGGAGAGGAACUAUCACAUCUUCUAUGCUCUGCUGGCGGGCACAGAUAAAGCGCAGAAAGAAAUGUGUUAUUUAUCAGAGCAGGAGAAUUACUAUUACUUGAGACAGUCCAGCUACGCAUUGGACAGUUCGAUUGAUGACAAACAGACCUUUCAGGAGGUCAUGGUAAGGUCUAUAAACUUGUUGCCGGGUGGUUUUAUACAUCUCGUUAUAAGUUGCAUGGUGCCUCCGUUCAUCUCCCUGGUUGUCUUUUUCUCAGCGCUGGGCAGCGCAGCGGUGCUGCUUGGUCUGGAUCCCGGGCAGCUGGCAGAGGUCCUGACCCACCGCUCGAUGAUUCUCAGGGGCGAGGAGAUCAGCACUCCACUGACGGUGGAGCAGGCAGUGGACUCGAGAGAUUCCAUGGCCAUGGCACUUUAUUCGCAAUGUUUUACUUGGAUGAUCAGGAAGAUCAACGGCAGAGUGAAAGGCAAGGAAGACUACAAAUCAGUGGGAAUCCUUGACAUAUUUGGAUUUGAAAACUUUGAGAUAAAUCGGUUCGAGCAGUUCAAUAUUAAUUACGCAAACGAGAAGCUGCAGGAGUACUUCAACAAACACAUCUUUUCCUUGGAGCAGUUGGAAUACAGCAGGGAUGGAUUGAUUUGGGAAAACAUUGACUGGAUCGACAACGGGGAGUGUCUGGAUCUCAUCGAAAAGAAAAUGGGCAUUCUGGCCCUUAUCAAUGAGGAGAGUCAUUUUCCCAAGGGCACUGAUAGCACUCUGCUGGAAAAGCUGCACAGUCAGCAUUCGAGUAAUCCGUGCUACGUGAAGCCCAGGGUGAUAGACCACUACUUUGGGGUGAAGCACUACGCUGGAGAGGUUUUAUACCACGUGAAGGGCAUCUUGGAGAAAAACAGGGACACCUUCAGGCACGAUGUUCUCAACUUGCUACGUGACAGCAGGCUGGAUUUUGUCUACGAUCUAGUGGAGCAUGCAUCAAGCAAGAACAAUGAAGAGACACUGAAAGCUGGAACGAAACAUCGAAAACCAACCGUGAGCUCUCAGUUCAAGAACUCACUGCAUUCGCUGAUGUCCACCUUGAGUACGUCAAACCCGUUCUUUGUCCGUUGCAUCAAGCCCAACGUUCAGAAGAUGCCGGAUCAGUUUGAGCAGGCGGUGGUUCUGAACCAGCUGAGAUAUUCCGGGAUGCUGGAGACGGUGAAAAUACGCAGGGCCGGUUUUCCGGUCAGGAGACACUUCCAAGACUUCUACGCCAGGUACAAAGUGCUGAUGAGGAAUCUCCCAGUAACUGACGAUUUCAAGGGGAAGUGUGAAGCUCUUCUCUGCUCCUACGACUGCACCAGGAAGGAGUGGCAGCUGGGCAAGACCAAGGUUUUCAUUCGCGAGUCUCUGGAACAGAAGCUGGAGAAACAUCGCGGGGCUGCGGUCUACAAAUGUGCUAUGGUCAUUCAAGCCCAUGUACUGGGCUAUCUGGCAAGGAAGCAGUACCAGAGGACGCGGUCCAUGGCGGUGGUGAUCCAGAAGAACUACCGGGCCUUGUUGUGGAGGAGGAGGUACGUGCUGUUACGAGAGGCCACCAUCAGGCUGCAGGCUCAGUGUCGCGGUGUGUUGGCCCGCAGGCUGCACAGGCAACUCCUCGACACCAAGAGGAGGAGAGAGGAGGAGCAGUGGAGGCAAAAGCAGGAAGACAGAGAAAGAAAAGAAAGAGAAGCGGAAAUCCUUAAAGAACAGAUGGAGGCAGCUGUGCGCCUGCAGGAGCAGGAGGCGGCCAUGUUGGAGACGGAGCGGGUGUCGGUGGGGCGGGUGCAGCUGGAGAAGCAGGAGAACCGGCAGGUGGAGGAGAUCCUGCGGCUGGAGCGGGAGAUCGAGGAGCUGCAGCGGCAGAAGGAGCAGCAGGAGUCGGCGCUGACGGAGGACUCGCUGACCCGGCUACAACGCCUGCGAGACCAGGAGCUGGGCCGGCUGGAGGAGGAGGCGUGCCGGGCCGCCCACGAGUUCCUGCGCUCCCUCAACUUCCAGGAGAUCGACGAGUGCGUGCGCGACAUCGAGAGCGCCCUGGCGGCCCCCGCGGAAGGCGGGCCGGCGGGGAAGCCCACCUUCAACUUUAGCCAGCCCUACCCCGAGGAGGAUGCGGGGGAGGGAGCGGGGGAGGAGGAGGAGGAGGACGAGGGCUUCGACGCGGAUGAUGACGCCGCCUUCAAGGACUCGCCCAACCCCAGUGAGCACGGCCACUCUGACCAGCGCACCAGCGGCAUCCGCACUAGCGACGACUCGUCUGAGGAAGACCCCUACAUGAACGAUGGCCUCGCCCCCUCCAUCACCAGCACCGAGGGACCCGCGCCCGACAUCACCGUCACCAACACCAGCAAACCCACCCACGACGACUACACCUACUGCCUACCUGAGCAGGUGGAGGUGGGGAAGGAGAGCCCGGAGCUGAUCCCCCCCGACGAGGAGUCAGAUUACGGGGAGGGGGACUACGAGGAUGGGCCCGUCACAUCGGGCAGUAGUGUGGGCUUCUCCGAUCCGCACAGCAGUCAGUGGUCUCCCGACUGCCAGUACCGUUACUCCGUGGGCACCUACAACAGCUCAGGAGUUUACCGCCUGAGCUCAGAGGGACCGCAGUCCUCAUUCGAGGAGAGUGACGAUGAAGUCGGCUCCAGGUUCGACGCGGAGAGUGACCUGUCGUACCGGAGAGACUCUGUGUACAGCUGCGUCAGUCUGCCCUAUUUCCACAGCUUCCUCUUCAUGAAGGGGGGUCUGAUCAACACAUGGAAGCGGCGUUGGUGCGUGCUGAAGGACGAGACCUUCAUGUGGUACCGCUCCAAGCAGGAGGCGCUGAAGCAAGGCUGGCUGCUGAAGAAAGGUGGCGGCACCUCCACCCUGUCCCGCAGGAACUGGAAGCGGCGCUGGUUCGUGCUGCGGGAGGGGCAGCUGGCGUACUUCGAGAACGACAGCGAGGAGAAGCAGAAAGGGACCGUGGACAUCCGAUCUGCAAGGGAAAUCAUCGAUAACGCGGGCAAGGAGAACGGAAUUAAUAUCGCGUUUGAAGACCGAGUCUACUACCUUGUUGCCGAUACUGCGGAGGAUGCCAGUCAAUGGUUCAGUAUUCUCAGCCAAGUCCACGCAUCCACGGAGCAGGAGAUAAAGGAGAUAAACCAUGAACAAGCCAACCCCCACAAUGCAGCGGGAACACUGGAUGUGGGUCUGAUAGACUCGGUGUGUGCAUCAGACUGCCCAGACAGGCCCAACUCGUUUGUGAUCAUUACUGCGAAUCGCAUUUUGCACUGUAACGCCGACACGCCCGAGGAAAUGCAUCACUGGAUAACGUUACUGCAGCGGGUCAAAGGUGACACCAGGGUGGAGGGACAGGAGUUCAUUGUCAGAGGUUGGCUACAAAAAGAGGUGAAAAGUGGUGGGAAAGGGAACUCCCUCAAGGUGAAGAAGCAUUGGUUUGUGCUGACCUACAACUCGCUGGAUUACUACCGGACGUGCGAGAGAAACACGGCCAAGCUGGGGACCCUGGUCCUUAACAAUCUCUGCUCCGUCCUGCAGCCCGAGGAAAAGAUCUUUAAGGAGACAGGUUACUGGAACGUCACGGUCUACGGCCGUAAGCAUUGCUACCGCCUUUACACCAAGCUAAUGAAUGAAGCCACCAGAUGGGCAAAUGCAAUCCAGAACGUCAUCGACACCAAACCGCCCAUCGACACGCCCACACAGCAACUCAUUCAGGACAUCAAGGAAAACUGUCUGAAUAAUGAAGUUGUGGAACAAAUCUACAAAAGAAACCCGAUUCUCCGCUACACACACCAUCCCCUGCACUCCCCCCUGCUUCCUCUGCCUUACGGAGAUAUCAAUCUAAGUCUGCUGAAGGACAAGGGUUACACUAGCCUCCAGGAGGAGGCCAUCAAGCUCUUCAACGCCCUGCAGCAGAUGGAGUCGGUGGCCGACCCCGUGCCCAUUGUCCAGGGCGUGUUACAGACGGGCCAGGACCUGCGGCCGCUGCGCGACGAGCUGUACUGCCAGCUGAUCAAACAGACCGCCAAGGCACCGCACCCCGACAGCCCGGCACACCUGCGCAACUGGCAGCUGCUCACCUGCAUGUCCUGCACCUUCCUGCCCUGCCGUUCAAUCCUUCGCUACCUCAAGUUCCACCUCAAGAGGAUACGAGACCAAUUUCCCGGUGAGGUUGAAAAAUACGCGACGUUCAUCUACGAAUCUCUGAAGAAAACCAAAACGAGAGAGUACGUGCCUUCUCGGGAAGAAAUAGUCGCCUUGAUCAACAGGCAAGAGAUGACCACCACGGUGUAUUGCCACGGUGGAGGCUCCUGUAAGAUCACCAUUAACUCCCACACCACAGCCGGGGAGGUUGUUGAGAAGCUGAUGCGUGGGUUAGGCAUGGAGUACAGUAGAAAUAUGUUUGCCCUCUUCGAACACAAGGGCACGACGGACAAAGCAAUUGAAAGCAGAACCGUUGUGGUCGAUAUUUUGGCAAAGUUUGAAAAGGCGGUUGCCACGUCGGGAGACUCGUGGGAGUUCUACUUCAAACUCUACUGCUUCCUUGACAUGGAAAACGUACCGAAGAACAGCGUGGAAUUUGCCUUCAUGUUUGAACAGGCUCAUGAGGCAGUAAUCCGUGGCCACUACCCAGCCCCCGAGGAGAGCCUGCAGUACCUGGCCGCGCUGAGGCUCCAGUUCCUGCAGGGGGACCACUCGCCGGAGUCGGCGCUGCCCGAGAUGGACGCCGUGUUCCCGACGGAGAGGGUGAAGGCCCGGAUCAGCCAGUCCACCAGGACCUUCUCCCCCACCGGAGACCGGGGCGAGCGGAAGCGGGCCAGCUUCCUGGAGGGGACGCUGAGGCGAAGCUUCCGGGCCUCCCUGGGCCGCUCCAGGUCGGAGGACGAGCAGAUGGUGGAGAUGUGGGUGAAGGAGGAGGUGUCGUCGGCCAAGGUCAACAUCGAGGACAAGUGGAGGAAGAUGCAGGGGCUGAGCCAAGAACAGGCCAUGGCCAAGUACAUGGCCCUCGUCAGAGAGUGGCCCGGGUACGGCUCCACCCUGUUUGAUGUGGAGUGUAAGGAAGGUGGCUUCCCCCAGGAGCUGUGGCUGGGCGUCUGUGCCGAUUCUGUGUCCGUGUACAAGAGGAGAGAGGCCAGACCGCUGGAGACGUUCCCGUACGAGAGUAUCCGCUCGUUUGGCGCUCCGCACUCCACCACCUACAAGAUUGUGGUCGAUGAGAGGGAGCUGUUGUUUGACACCACCGAGGUGGUGGACCUGGCCAGGCUGAUGAAAGCCUACAUCAGCAUGAUUGUGAAACGACGCUACAGUUCCACUUGCUCGGCGAGCAGUUAGCGCGCCGCGAGAGCUCGUCCACGCGGGAGUCCGCCAACGCCGACGGCCUGGAACUCCCCCCCCCCCCCCCCCCCCCCCCCCCCCCCCCCCAUCAGCCAGUCUACCUUUAGCUUGCAGACUCUACCCUUCCACAGUGCUCAAUCUAAGCCAUAUUCAACGUCGGAUGUGGACGAUUGGAGAGCCCGCUCGCUCUGGUGAGGAAACGCUGGGAUAUUUCAACCAGAGGCGAGGAAGAGCGUCACCUUUUCCCUCGACGUUUCCCCUCAGGACUUCUGAUCUUGAUCGCGCAUUUACCUUGUUGCCUUAACACACACACACACACACACACACACACACACACACACUGCCUUAACAGAGGAGAAAGGUGCCUUACAGUAAGACGUUCCCAACUACGAGCGUACAGAGGCUGCUUUGAACAAUGAGGUGCCGCAAGAGGACACAAAGUCAAAUAUUAACCUGCUGAAUCGGUGAGGCUGCCAGAGCUCUCGACGUCUUUGGACGGACGGGGCAAGCUGGUUCUCUCUGGGAGCUUUGAGGAGCAACGUUGGCAUCUGAAGCAACACUCUGGCUGAGACUGUUAGCUAUGCUUCUGCACUAAAGAGCCGUGCCCUUGGACUGAAGGGGGCGAGAGGGGGAUGAUUAACCUGGAGGGCUGCAGGCAGCUCACGGUCACACACGUCAUUGGUGACUCGCAUCUUAACACCUUUUUAUUUUUUCUUUCCUGAAGGGAACUUGAAUGUGUAACGCUGUAUACGUUGAAGACGCAAGGAACUGCAGAUGCCGGUGUACCAAAAAAAAAAGACACAAAGUGCUGGAGGGGUUGAGCAGGCUGGGACUCUAUUCCUUGGAGCGCAGGAGGAUGAGGGGGCGAUCUUAUAGAGGUGUACAAAAUCAUGAGGGGAAUAGAUCGGGUAGACGCACAGAGUCUCUUGCCCAGAGUAGGGGAAUCGAGGACCAGAGGACAUGGGUUUAUGGUGAAGGGGAAAAGAUUUAAUAGGAACCUGAGGGGCAACUCUUUCACUUAAAGAGGGUGGUGGGUGCAUGGAACGAGGUAGUUGAGGCUGGGACUAUCCCAUCGUUUAAGAAACAGACAGGUACAUGGAUGGGACAGGUUUAGAGGGAUAUGGGCCAAACGUGGGCAGGUGGGACUAGUGCAGAUGGGACAUCCAUAUGUUGCCAUGGUCAUGUUGGGCCGAAGGGCCUGUUCUGUGCCGUAUGACCAUGUUGGAGUGACUCACUUUAGUCACAGUCAUACAGUGCAAACAGGCCCUUCGGCCCAACUUGACCCAUCUACACUUGCCAGCAUUUGGCCCAUAUCCCGCUAAACCUGUCCUAUCCAUGUACCUGUCCAAUUGCUUCUUAAACAUUGGGGAUAGUCCCAGCCUCAACUACCUCCUCCGGCAGCUCGUUCCAUACACCCCCCCCCUUCACCUUAAAUCUAUGUCCUCUGGUCCUCGAUUGUCCUACUCUGGGCCAGAGACUCUGUGCAUCUACCCGAUCUAUACUUCUCAUGGUUUUAUACACGUUUAUAAGAUCAUAAGAGUGAUACAGCGUGGAAACAGGCCCUUCGGCCCAACUUGCCCACACAGCCCAACAUGUCCCAGCUACACUAGUCCCACCUGCCUGCGUUUGGGCCAUGUCUGUCCUAUACAUGUACCUGUCCAUUCAAUGAUUCAAUGAUAUGUCACCUGUAUCAUUGUCACCAGUGCCGAGCAAGGUACAGUGGUGAAAAGCUUUUGUUUUUGCUGACAACCCAGUGAAAUCAAACAGCAGACGUCACCUAGGCCGAACACAAAGAGUCAUCAUGUUUCUGGUGCUGACAAAGUUAUAAAAGUCACUAAAUACUGCACUUCUUAAACGUUGCAAUAGUCCCAGCCUCAACUACCUCCUCCGGUGGCUCGUUCCAUACACCCACCACCCUUUGUGUAAAAAAAGUUACUCCUCAGGUUCUUAAAUCUUUUCCCCUUCACCUUAAACCUAUGUCCUCUGGUCCUCGAUUCCCCAACUCUUGGCAAGAGACUCUGUGCGUCUAGCCGAUCUAUUCCUCUCAUGAUUUUAUACACCCCUAUAAGUUCACCUCUCAUCCUCCUGCGCUCCCAAGGAAUAGAGACCCAGCCUGCUCAACCUCUCCCUGUAGCUCACACCCUCUAGUCAAAGCAGGUGAGCUGCUAUUAAAUGUUCAACGGGGAAAUCGAAGCAGAAUCAGGUUAUUCUGCCCCUCAAAUCUCUACUACCCCGUUCAAUAAGAUCCUCCACUAAUCCACUCUGUGAAACGUCACCUGUCCAUGUUCUCCAGAGAUGCUGCCUGACCCGCUGAGUUACUCCAGCACUCUGAAACGUCACUUAUCCAUGUUCUCCACAGAUGCUGCCUGACCCGCUGAGUUACUCCAGCACUCUUGUGUCUUUUUUCUUUGUACAUGUU